AUGGGACUUGUCGACGGUACCACAUCAGAAUCAAAAAUUAUAGCAAAGCACAAUGAUCCAUGGAGAAAAUUUCAUCUGGGAUGUUUUGGUCGUGUUAACAAGGAACUUUUAGUCUUCAAACUUUAUUACUUCUUCCUUUUCAGCGCUCAAGCCUGCGCGAAGCCUUUUCUCCCGGUAUUCUUUCGCCACGUUGGCAUGUCGGCCGAACAGACUGGAAUGUUAUUGGGCUUGCAGCCAGUAGCUCGAUUUGUUGGAGCGCCUUUAUUCGGAGGUUUGGCAGAUAAGUAUAGAAAACACAGAGCUGUGAUGUUAGGGAUGUGUAUAGUUUCUACGGCAUUAUUUUUUUGUCUUGUGUUCGUUCAAUUUACUAAGAAUUCUGAUAUAGAGGAAAGAAUUGAAGGAAAUCCUUGUAACAACAGUAACAGCUCUUCGUGGAAUAGUUCUAAGGAUGGUCAUGUCAAUGAUGAUAACUUACCAUGCCGUGGAAUAAACUGCUCUCACUUUUCAAUGUCUAGAAUUUGUGGUAAUGGCUUGCCUUUAAAUAUGUCAAAAGAGGUUGCAGUGGAUUCCACAGGAAAAUCAAGGGACAACAAGAAGACAUUUAUAGUAAUGAGUAUACUCCUCAUUACAUCACAGCUUUUUGGGAACUUUAAUUCCCUUGGUGAUGCAGCAACAGUUAAGUAUUUGACUGCUAUUGACAGAGGUGGCGAUUACGGAAAGCAGAGGCUUUGGGGAGCAGUAGGCUGGGGAUCCAUUGCCAUAUUGUCAGGAUUUGCAAUUGACGAGUCUGCAAAAAAUUUGAGUCGAAAUCAGUUUCUCAUAGCAUUUUGUGGAUUUCUUUUAUUUAGCAUGGCAACUAUUGCAACCAUUUUCAAGUUACCUUUAGAGUGCAUGGAGGGAAGAGCAAAUCCUAAGUUUUUCAAGAAUGUUGGAACUAUUUUAUCAGACUGUCGCAUUGCAACUUUCUUGCUUGCCAUUCUUAUCAUGGGUACAUGCAUGGAAACCAUUAACAUGUACCUAUUCUGGUUCCUCCAGGACUUAAAUGGCAGUCAUCUUCUGAUGGGACUUACACUUUGUAUGACUUGUGUGGCAGAGGUUCCAAUAAUGUUUUUCUCUGGACAUUUGAUCAAGCGGAUUGGUCAUCAUGGUGUAUUGUACCUUACUUUUGUAUGCUACACAAUAAGAUACCUUUCAUACUCCUUUAUCCCUAAGGCAUGGUAUGUAUUGGUUAUUGAACCUCUGCAUGGUGUAACAUUUGGCGCUAUGUGGGCCGCUACGACGUCAUAUGGUGGUAAAAUUUCUCCUGAUGGACUGGCUGCCACUGUGAUGGGCUUGGUUACUGCAACACAUUUUGGCCUUGGAAAAAUUAUUGCAGGUUUCGGCGGUGGAAAGGUCUAUAAUGUGUAUGGACCUAGAGUUCUUUUUAGAAGUCUGGCAAUUACAAGCACAGUGACUUGCCUGCUAUUUUUUCUUUCACAAAAAUUGCUCAAAAACAAAACUCAAUUGAGCUAUGUGCACUUUCAGAAUGAUAUGCAAGACAUGAACUAUGAUACUUUGGAUACAGAAUUGAAAGAGAUAAGCCUUGACUCAGGUGAUGAAUUGUAA